AUGGGCCAAAUCUUCGAUCGCUUCAGCUGCGGCCGCCGUGCACGUGCCAAGCAACGAGCGGCGCAGCUGGCUUCUGAGACCUGUCAGGAAGCCGUUGCAGAAGGAAAGAGCGGCUAUGAGGUUGCUCGCUUGGCUGCGGAAGCAGCGCAGCAAGCAGUUAUUGGACUUGGGAUGCCCUACUCGGAGGUGGCUGCAGUAGCCUUCAAAGCAGCUGCCCAUGCUGCCAAGGAAACUAGCAUGACUCAUGCCCUCCUGGGCAUUGCCAGCGAAGCAGCCGGAAAGGCUGCCAUGGCAUCCGGAGCCACUGUCUUGGAAGCCGCCUUGUGUGCUGGUGAGGUAGCUGCUGCGGAGGCCAUUCUUGCCGGCAGCUUGGCUUGCUUUGCUGCAGAGCAAGCAGGUGAAGCAGCAGCCCAAGCUGCUUUGGCAGCAGGGGCUGGCCAUGCUCAGGCUACCAAAGCAGCCUCAGAGGUAGCCGCAUCGGUGGCUAAGUCUGCUGCCCGGAGGGAUGGAGCCUCCGAGGAGGACGCAGGCGUGGAAAGCAACGCCUCGUCGCGUUUGCUCGUCAUUCGCGGGGGCUUUGUGAAGCUCUUCUGGAGUGGCUGCAGGAUAUCCCAGGCGUGGAAGGUCUUGGUGGCCUGCGCGUUGGUCAAAGUACCUACGAAGCUGGAGGACUUGGCGUGUUUGCAGCCAAAGAUUUCGCUGCAGGUGAGCUGGUGUGUCGGGUGCCAAGAGAAGCUCUAUUACUUUCAGGUGAUGGUGGAGCAGAGUCAUUAG